AUCGUGACUCCUGCGUAACCGUAGCUAGACCCUGGAACCAGAAGAGCCAGUCUCUCACUCUAACGCCUGCAGUACGCGAAUAGUUCUCAUUCUCUUCGGGCCUUAUUCUUAUUGAUAUUUUAGCUCUUGAGGAAAACAAAAUAAACAUCACAGGAGACAAGGGAGAGGUUUGCGUUUCCCGAAAUACCGUCGUGAACAGGUGGUGGAUCGAAGAUUUGUAUAUUCGUGCUACAAUAAGAGUAACAAUUUUGUACAUUUUCUACUUUUUUACUUCGAAAGUAAGAACCGGAAAGGGUCAGUUUAGGUUUCAGGGUUUAGGCCACUUUUAUAUUCGAAAGAAAAAACUCAUCAAAUUAUGGUGGAAUACGAUUUUGCGGAGACGGAGAAAGUUCUGAAAGCAAAGCAGGCUGCUGUGGAUGAGCGAAUCGCUGAAGUGCGAUUUCUGUGCCGCAGAGCGGAAGCGGGAGAUCGCGGGUUUUACAAGAAUCUGUUGGCGGGGAGAGUAGUAGCCGCACCAGGAGAGGAUCAAAAAAGCUACAGUGCAGAAUACUGCAAGUUCGGUAUUAAGCUUGGUCGUCGAACGCGAUUAAAAGAAGUCUUCCCAUUGUUCGGGGUGAAGAAUCCCCUUACAAACCAAAACCACCUCCCGUUGCCGGGAACACUGGAACAGUACGUCGCGGACGAAAUAGUUGCUGCUGCCAAGUGCCGCCCCUACGGAGGGACAGGAUUUGACGCCGACCCUUCCUCUGAUUCUGAAGGAACCGACCACAAAGAUGACGAAAAUAGAGGUGGCGCACCAUCGAGGGUUAUAAAACCGGGAGCGGCGACAAAUCCAAUAGCCUAUGACUUCAGUAUAAAUACGCAUUCGCUGUUCAAUUUUGUCAAGGAGGCAGAUAAGAAGCAAAUGGACGACGCGAAACUCAAGCUCAGCGCAGCACUCACGGAAAAAGACCGCGUAGCGAAGAACAUCAAGGACAUACAAGACAACAACUUCGAAUGCGCGGUCUGCAUCAGUAGUUCCCGGGAGGAACGCUUCCCUGUUCUCGUCAUGCUGGGCUGUUGUCACGUGUUCUGCUUCGAUUGUGCGGACAAGUUCAUCAAUGGUGUUGACGGUGGUCAGAAUCAAAACGCCAAUAACGACGACCACGUGAGAAAAUGCCCGACCUGCCGUGCAGCGAUAGACGAGGAGUCAACAGCGCGAAUUCCACCACAGCUCUUCUGCAAACGGCGCCGCGUUCUUGCAGUUGGUGGAUCUGGAGAAGGGGAGGGAGGCUGA